CGUUUCGAUUCGUCGGACCGCUCCAGCUGGUACGUGGGCCCCGUGUCGCGGGCGGAGGCGCAGACCAGGUUGCAAGGGCGGCGGCAUGGCAUGUUCCUGGUGCGGGACUCGUCCACCUGCCCGGGGGACUACGUGCUCUCGGUGUCCGAGAACUCCCGCGUUUCCCACUACAUCAUCAACUCCCUGCCCAACCGCCGCUUUAAGAUCGGCGACCAGGAGUUCGAGCACCUGCCCGCCCUGCUGGAGUUCUACAAGAUCCACUACCUGGACACCACCACCCUCAUCGAGCCUGCGCCCAGGUAUCCAAGUCCACCAAUGGGAUCUGGAACUGCCCCUGCUAUGUCCACUGCAGAAGGAAAUGUGGAGUAUGUUCGGACUCUCUAUGACUUUCUCGGCCACGAUGCUGAGGAUCUUCCAUUUAAAAAGGGCGAGAUACUGGUAAUUGUAGAGAAGCCAGAAGAACAGUGGUGGAGUGCCAGAAACAAGGAUGGUCGGGUUGGGAUGAUUCCUGUUCCUUACGUAGAAAAGCUAGUCAGAUCUCUUGGGAAGCAUGGAAACAGGAAUUCCAACAGUUACGGUAUUCCAGAACCUGCCCAUGCCUAUGCUCAGCCUCAAACAGCAAAUCCCCUUCCCUCAGUAUCCAGCACACCUGGAGCAGUCAUGACCCCUCGGCCAUCAACACAGAACGGACCAGUCUAUGCCAAAGCUAUCCAAAAGAGAGUACCCUGUGCUUAUGACAAGACUGCGCUGGCAUUAGAGGUUGGAGACAUUGUGAAGGUUACAAGGAUGAAUAUAAACGGUCAGUGGGAAGGAGAAGUCAACGGUCGGAAAGGGCUUUUCCCUUUCACACAUGUCAAAAUAUUUGACCCUCAAAACCCAGAGGAGAACGAGUGACUCCCUGUGCCCGAUAUACACUGCUGCUUCAUUUUCCUGGCUAUCAUUAGCAUUGUUUGAGGUCAGACGAUGACUUAAUGGCACAUUGCUAGCAUUGCCCAUUUUCCAGCUUGCUUCAGUCUGACAGUUCUUUUAAUAUACGUUUGGAGUACAUACAACUGAAGUCACUGCCUGACCUUCAUACCAUAGCUGCGUCAUCCAGAAUUUAGUUUCACUUUUAAAUUGGGCCUUAAGCUGGAGAAGACUGAACCGGAACGUAGCAGAGAGGUAUGGGAAGAAUACCUUUCCUGUAGAGACUUGAUGGACUUUUUUUGGUUUGCUCAGUAGGAAGAGCCCUUAUCUUAGAUCAAACAUACAACUCGUGCAUUACUGUCCCAACAAAAAGCAACAACAAAAAUGCAAUUUUAGGACUGAAGAAGAUUUUAGUUUUAAACCGACCUCUCCUAAGGUAGUACAUUUAAAAUGAUGGUCUCUUUAAAGGACAAUAAUUGGAGCUUAUGUAUCCUAAGCAGUUGUAUUAGACACUGCUCUUUUCUGUUAACUCUUGAGCUUGUUGUUGACCUUCUUGAAACAGUGUGUGUAAAAUGCAAAUAACCAUUGAUUGA